UCCAUCUGGUGGCCUUCGUGUUCCACCUGAAAUUCUGCCUCAACAUAGAGGGAGCUAAGCUAGUGAAGAGAUGCAGAGAAGUCACCACGGUGCUUCCGUCGUCUUCUCCAAAAUUCUGAGGUUAACCCUGGUUUACAAAAUCGCAUUACCAGUCCUACAUCAGCUUAACCUCUUCAAAGCUUUUAGUUCAAGCACUUAUUCUCUGAACUUCUCUAACGCAAGUUCCUUGCGUACAUACUCCUCCCUGACUAGACAAUGCACCGAGGGUGGAAAAUCCGUGAUGGGUAUCAAGAGAAUUCAAGCUCACAUGGAAAAAUCCGGUUUUCCACUCCCAGUUUCAGGCAGUAAGCUUAUUGAUGCUUGCUUAAAACGCGGCAACAUUGCUUACGCGCGUAAAUUAUUUGAGGAAAUGCCCGAAAGACAUAUAGUUACGUGGAAUUCCAUGAUUGCUUCUUAUAUUAGCCAAAAAAGGAGCAAAGAAGCUAUUGAGCUUUACGUAAGAAUGGUUAUGGAGGGAGUUUCCCCUGAUGAGUACACUUUGUCUAGUGUUUUCAAGGCCUUCUGUGAUUUGGGGCUUGAAUACGAAGGUCGGAGAGCUCAUGGGUUGUCUGUCAUUUUAGGUUUGGAGGUUUCGAAUGCGUUUGUAGGCAGUGCUCUUGUCGAUAUGUACGCCAAGUUUGGUAAAAUGAGGGAUGCACGAUUGGUGUCUGACAGAGUUGUGGAGAAAGACGUGGUUCUGUUUACGGCGCUGAUUGUUGGUUACUUACAGCAUGACGAAGAUAGCGAAGCUUUGCAGGUUUUUCGAAGUAUGAUCUCUGAGGGGAUUAGAGCUAAUGAAUAUACUUUCGCCGGCAUAUUGAUUGCUUGUGGGAAUUUAGAGAAUUUAGGUAAUGGUAAGUUGAUUCAUGGUCUCAUCACCAAGUCGGGGUUUGAGUCUGCUGUUGCUUCGCAGACUUCACUUCUUACUAUGUAUUCGAGAUGCGGUUUGAUUGAUUAUUCAUUGAAGAUUUUUAAGUGUCUUGAGAAUCCAAAUAUAGUGUCUUGGACAUCCCUUAUAUCGGGGCUUGUGCAGAAUGGAAGAGAGGAAAUUGCUUUGUCAAAGUUUAGGAAGAUGAUGCGUGAUUCUGUAAAUCCAAAUUCUUUUACGUUGUCUAGUGUUAUUCGGGCAUGUUCAAGCCUUGCAAUGCUGGAAGAAGGCAGACAAAUGCAGGCAUUAGUUACAAAGUUUGGACUAGAUGGGGAUAAAUAUGCUGGAGCAGCACUUAUUGAUUUGUACGGGAAAUGUGGAAGUCCAGAACCCGCAAGGUUGCUUUUUGAUUCUUUAAUAGAGGUUGAUCUGAUAUCCAUAAACUCUAUGAUGUAUGGUUAUGCCCAGAAUGGUUUUGGACACGAAACACUUAAACUGUUCGACAAAAUGAAAGAUAUGGGUCUUCGGCCAAAUGAUGUGACAAUUUUGAGCGUUCUUUUGGCGUGCAACAAUUCUGGGUUGGUUGAAGAAGGUUGCCAAUUCUUCACCUCCAUAAAUAAGAACAAAAAUGCUGUAUUAACAAAAGAUCACUAUGCUUGCAUGGUUGAUUUGUUCGGAAGGGCUGGAAGACUUAAGGAGGCAGAAAUAUUAAUAAAGCAGGCUGGGAACCCUGAUGUGGUUCUGUGGAGGACACUCCUUAGUGCAUGUAGGAUUCAUGGAGACGUGGAGGUCGCAGAAAGAAUAAAAGACAGGGUGCUUGAGCUUGCACCAGAGGAUGAGGGAACUCAUAUUUUG